GAAUGAAUGUAUGAAUGAUCUAUACACACUCCAUCCUCUCUCUGUCUCUCUGCAGUAGUGGAUCUGAUCUACUGGCGAGACGUGGGGAAGACAGGGCUGGUGUUCACAGGGCUGGUGAUAGGCCUGGCCAGCCUGUUCCAGCUCAGUGCCAUCACCGUGCUGUCCUACCUGUGUAUGGCCAUCAUGUGUCUCACCUUCCCCCUACGCCUCUACUACAAACUCCUAGAGCUGAUACGGAAGAACCCUGAAGGAGUGCACCCCUUCCAGUCUUAUAUAGGAGACGACAGCUCUCUGACAGAUGAGGAGACGGUGUUGGUGGUGGAGGAAGUGGUGCUGAUGAUUGCCUUCGCCGUCACAGAGAUCAAACGCCUGCUCUUCAUCGGCAGCAUCAUGGACUCCAUCAAGUUUGUGUUGCUGCUGUGCGUGUUGGUCUAUGUGGGCAUCACGACCAACGGACUGACCCUGGUGAUAGUUGGUGUCAUCUGUGUUUUCUCUCUUCCUCUAUUCUACAAACAAAUGCAGGGUCGGAUGAAGAGGAUUGGCAAAGCGGUCAACGGCCUCCUGAGGAAAAUCAAAAGCUUGUUUAAGAGGUUGUGCAGUAUGCUGAGACCCUCUACUGUGGCUAAACCUGCUCCAACCGCCACCCUGGCCCCGGUGCCAGCCCUGGCCCCAAAACACAAACAAAAGUCAAAGUGAUAAGAAAGAAAAAGGGGGAUCUAUGGGAAAAGAGGGGGGUCAUUCAUACGUCUUAUCAGACCA